AUGGUGUCAACACAAUGGAGUUGGGACAGUGCUCGAUUAAUUGCUUUAGUUCUAAAUGCCUUAUAUGGGCUUGAGGAAUAUUAUAAUGGUUACUAUAAGGAUCUCGACGUUGAUGGUUUAUUUGGUUUGCGAAUUAUUGAAGGUCAUCUAAGAAGUAUACAGGAAAAUAUAGACGAUCAUAAUAUCGAUUCAGAAAUCACAAAUGAAAUACGUAAUCUAAGCUUAAUGGCUGGCGUGAUUGCAAAUAAAGCUUUACCGUUUGUUGCCAAUCGAGAUAGGGAAUAUUUUAAUCAGUAUCAAUUUCUUCUUUAUCAUCCAUACAAGAUGAAUUUUACACCGCAGCGCACCGAUGAAAGAUUUAGAUGGAAAGAGAAACAACUAAAAACUAGCAAAAGUGAUAGAACUUCACCUUCUCCUGCUCUGCUUUCAAGAAAACAAAGAAACAGAUGUUUCACUGAAUUACUUUUGGCGAAUUCUAACUUGAUGUCGGAGACUCACGAUUGUCAUUUAAGUAAUGACUGUAUAAAGCGAAUGGUUGACCAACGUGGUUUUACAGGAUAUCAAUUGACACAGCAGAUAUUAUACAUUGCUAUCGCUCUUCAGACUUCUUGCAGUUUUACGCUAUCUAACUUUAUCGUUUUGACGAAAAAUCGAACAAUUACUUCUGUUGUCACAGAGUAUUGCACAAAUAUGAUCGAUGAAUUGAGCAUUUUGUUACGAAAUCCAAAGCUUACGGCUAGGCUUAAUUACGAUGAGCGAGAUUUGUUGAUGGAACGAAUUUUCAUUUGUGGACAGUUUGGUUUUGUUGAGCUUUCAUCGCUUAAUUUUUUUGCAUCCAUAUUAAGUUGGCAGAAUCCUACGUCAGGUUGUUUCAUGAACGACGAAGCAGGUAUGAUCAAUGAUAUGAAUACUUCGUAUGGUACGGAUUCAUUAAAUUUAUGCUCAACACAUUCUGCAACAGUUGCCGCCGGUGCUCUUGCAGUUUUUCUGCGGUUUUUAUUGGAUCGUGGGCCAUGGCCUGAGUAUUAUUUAGCUGAUCAGCCUGUGGUCGUGUAUAGUAUUGCAGCGGAGGACAAAUUUCGGCAAUUCAGUUAUAGCCGUUGGGUACGUGAUUCGUUCAUUUCGUUAAUGCAUCAUGGUCAGGCACGACCUCCUGAAAUUGGUUGGUCACCAGAUUUGUUUGCUUAUUUUUUAGUGCUCUCUAUUAUGCUGGGUGGCUUUAUGGUUAGCCAUUUUUGUUACAAACCAAAGGUAAAACAAUUUUAUCAUUUUUCUUACAAAAAACUCUGA